ACAAGAUGGCUGUGCGCGCGAGAGGAGCAGGAGUGCAUUGCAGAGAGAGCAUAUGGAGAGUCUUUCAACUGCAAAAGUAAUAGAAAUAUAAUUUAAAAACAGGCGCGUUCCAUUGUAAUAUGUCAUCGAUUCAUUUUUUUAUCCACUACGGAGAUAUUUAACCUGGGUUUAGACGUACAUGUGCACACCCAGAGUAACUGAGGAGUAGCCAAGCGCAGCAGUGAAAACCCAGGCGGCCGGUAGAGGACAGCCGGGGACGCUCAGUCACAGCUACUUUCAGAGAUGUCCCUGCUCUGUGUCGGAGUGAAGAAAGCCAAGCUGGAUGGACCCCAAGAGAAGUUCAACACGUACGUGACCCUGAAAGUGCAGAAUGUCAAGAGCACCACCAUCUCUGUGCGGGGCAGCCUGCCCAGCUGGGAGCAGGACUUCAUGUUUGAGAUCAACCGGCUGGACCUGGGGCUAACGGUGGAGGUGUGGAAUAAAGGGUUAAUCUGGGACACGAUGGUGGGCACAGUGUGGAUCCCCCUGCACAGCAUCCGUCAGUCCAACGAGGAGGGUCCUGGAGAGUGGUUGACCCUAGACUCCCAGGUAAUCAUGGCAGACAAUGACAUCUGUGGAACCAAAGACCCCACCUUACACCAGGUGCUGCUGGAUACACGCUUUGAACUGCCCCUGGACAUUCCUGAGGAGGAGGCACGGUAUUGGGCCAAAAAACUGGAGCAACUCAAUGCCAUGAGAGAUCAAGAUAUUACUAACCAGUACUCAUACCAAGAAGACCAGGAGCAACCACUUGCUGUUCCAGCAACACAGUGUUGUAACUGGAGCCUGUGGGGAGACCAACAAAAUGAGGACCCAGACAGUGCUGUGGAUGACCGGGACAGUGACUACCGCAGUGAGACCAGUACCAGCAUCCCUCCCCCCUACUACAGCACAUCCCAGCCCAACGCCUCCGUUCACCAGUACCCCAUCAGGGACCAGCGGCCCUCCUCCUACCCCCCCUCCAACAGCUGUGACCCCCUCCACUACCACCAGAGGGAUAUUAGUCCAGCGGGGAGCUAUGCGUCAUCAGCAGAGCUGAGUCGAUGCAGCAGCCAGCUGAGUGAGGAGGAGUAUGGCGAGAGAGACCCCUACGACGAGAACGACUCCUACCACUCCUGCCACUCCUCCGUCAGCUACAGCAAGGGCUCACCUGACUGGGACCCGGACGAAACCCAGGGGGGCUACAGCGACGAGGGGGGCUACAGUAAGGACGGGGGCGAAGAGGGGGCCCUCUAUGAGGAAGACGACGGAGGUUUGUACGAGGAAGAGGGGACAUAUGAGGGAGAGGAGGGGGAGAUCUAUGAUGAUGAGGAGUAUCCUCUGGACGGAAACUUCAGUGAGGAUAUGGACAUUCCCUACACCCCCACGCCCACCAGCACGGCACCACCCACACUGGACAUCCCAACUGCUUCCCGACCUCCUCUGGAGAAACAACCCUCUCUGCAUCAGCAGCAGACGCCACCAGGUCAGCCUGUCAGCCAAGGCCCAAAUCAGGCCCACCCCCCAGGCUUGGUUGCUGGAGGACACCCCCCUGGUCAACUACAGACCCAGGGCUCUCAAGCCCAGGGUCAACCUCAGCAAGCCUCAGCACCUGCCCCAGCCCCAGCCCCAGCCCAGUCCUUCUUCUCCAUGGCCAAGCCCUUUUCUGCAGCAGUCACAGGCCUGGCUUCCUCUUUCCUGUCCUCUGGACUCCCUAGUGCCCAGCCGUCCCAGGCUCAUCCCCCAACCUCCCAGCCCCAGUCGACCACCUCCCUCCCUCCAUCUCAACCACCCCCCCAGGGUUCACAGUCUUCAAACACAACCCCCCCAACUCAGAAUGCCCCCUCCACGGCUCCGCCCUCUCAGGGACAGCCCCAGGCCCGCACAACCACCCAAUCAGAAGGCCUCGAUGCCAAACCUCCCGUGUUUGAGGACCAACUCCUUCAAGAGGAGGACAAACCCAUUCCAUGCGACGUAAGAACAGCCAGCCCAACAGAAGAGGAACCUCCCAUGGAAGAAGAGGAGCAGCACUAUGAUGAGAGCUGCCCGGCCACUCCCCCUGUGGAGAAGGAGGCCCCUCCUGAGAGUCCCCCUGCAGAGGAGGUACCCAAGGAGCCUGUGGACCCGUCUGUGAGGGCUAGGGAGAACUGGCAGCGAAUCAUCAACAAGGUCCAACAGCAGCUUCGAGAGGCACGAGGAGAAACAUCAAACUCCUUGUGGUUUGGUAAAGGAGGGGUGGGAGAGGUUCUCUACAGCAUCGACAGCAUGCCUGACCUACGCAAGAAGAAAGGCCCAGCCCUGGUCAGAGACCUGCUACAGGCCAUGUCCAUGGCCUCUCAGAACGCUCGGAAAGCUGGGAUCACCACGGCAAUGGCUUGCAGCACCCUUGGAAAUGAGGACCUGAAGAGUCAUGUGUAUAAGAAGACCCUCCAGGCUCUGAUCUACCCCAUCUCCUGCACCACGCCCCAUAACUUUGAGGUGUGGACGGCCACCACGCCCACCUACUGCUACGAGUGUGAGGGCCUGCUGUGGGGCAUCGCCCGCCAGGGCAUGAGGUGCUCUGAGUGCGGGGUCAAAUGUCACGACAAGUGUCAGGACCUGCUCAAUGCUGACUGCCUCCAAAGGGCAGCAGAGAAGAGUUCUAAACACGGGGCAGAGGACAGAACCCAGAACAUUAUCAUGGUUUUAAAGGACAGAAUGAAGAUCCGAGAGAGAAACAAACCGGAGAUCUUCGAGCUCAUCCAGGAAGUGUUUAGCGUGGCCAAAGCAGUUCAUGCUGUACAGAUGAAGCAGAUCAAACAGAGUGUGCUUGAUGGGACCUCCAAAUGGUCGGCCAUGAUCAGCAUGACUGUACAGUGUGCCCAGGGCCUCCAGGCCAAGGACAAGACCGGCUCCAGUGACCCGUAUGUGACGGUCCAGGUGGGCAAGACCAAGAAGAGGACCAAGACCAUCUACGGAAACCUCAACCCUGUCUGGGAUGAGAACUUCCACUUUGAAUGCCACAACUCAUCAGACCGUAUCAAGGUGCGUGUGUGGGAUGAGGAUGAUGACAUCAAGUCUAGGGUGAAGCAGAAGUUCAAACGGGAGUCAGAUGACUUCCUGGGUCAAACCAUCAUCGAGGUCCGCACACUCAGUGGAGAGAUGGACGUCUGGUACAACCUGGACAAGAGAACAGACAAGUCGGCUGUGUCUGGAGCCAUCCGCAUGCACAUCAGUGUGGAGAUCAAAGGAGAGGAGACUGUAGCUCCCUAUCACGUCCAGUACACCUGUCUGCACGAGCACCUGUUCCAGUACACUACAGAGGAGCAGAACGGUGGCGUGGUGAAGAUCCCUGAUGCUAAAGGAGACGACGCGUGGAAGGUUUACUUUGAGGAGACGCCUCAGGAGAUUGUGGAUGAGUUUGCCAUGCGCUACGGUGUGGAGUCCAUCUACCAGGCCAUGACCCACUUUGCCUGCCUGUCAUCUAAGUACAUGUGUCCUGGUGUCCCUGCCGUGAUGAGUACUCUGCUGGCCAACAUCAACGCCUACUACGCCCACACCACCCAAUCCACCAACAACGUGUCUGCCUCAGACCGCUUCGCUGCAUCCAACUUUGGAAAGGACAGGUUUGUGAAACUUCUAGACCAACUCCACAACUCCCUGAGGAUUGACCUGUCCAUGUACCGGAAUAACUUCCCAGCCAGUAGCCCUGAGAGGCUGCAGGAUCUGAAGUCCACCGUGGACCUGCUGACCAGCAUCACCUUCUUCCGAAUGAAGGUCCAGGAGCUCCAAAGCCCCCCCAGAGCCAGUCAGGUGGUGAAGGACUGUGUCAAAGCCUGCCUCAACUCCACCUAUGAAUACAUCUUUAACAACUGCCAUGAACUCUACAGCAGAGAGUACCAGACAGACCCUGCUAAGGCAGAUGCUCCAGAAGAACAGGGUCCCAGCAUCAAGAACCUGGACUUCUGGUCUAAACUCAUCACCCUUAUAGUCUCCAUCAUAGAAGAGGACAAGAACUCCUACACACCUUGCCUAAACCAGUUUCCUCAGGAACUAAACGUGGGGGUCAUCAGUGCUGAGGUUAUGUGGAACAUGUUUGCUCAAGACAUGAAAUAUGCCAUGGAGGAGCAUGAGAAGAACCGCCUGUGUAAGAGUGCUGAUUACAUGAACUUGCACUUCAAGGUUAAGUGGCUCUACAAUGAAUACUGCAAAGAGCUGCCCACCCUCCAGAAACGAGUUCCUGAAUACCCCGCGUGGUUUGAACCGUUUGUUAUUCAGUGGUUGGAUGAGAACGAGGAAGUGUCCAGGGACUUCCUGCAUGGUGCCCUAGUGAGGGACACAAAGGACGGGUUCCAGGUGACAUCAGAGCAUGCCCUGUUCUCCUGCUCAGUUGUGGAUGUCUUCUCCCAACUCAACCAGAGCUUCGAAAUCAUCCGAAAGUUGGAGUGUCCAGACCCCCAGAUCGUAGGCAACUACAUGAAAAGAUUUGCCAAGACUAUCGGCAAUGUUCUGCUGUCGUAUGCCGAGAUCAUUUCCAAAGAGUUUCCCAAACAGUGCGGGAACAAAGAGAAAGAAAAAGUGCCCUGCAUCAUCAUCAACAACAUCCAGCAGUUGAGGGUCCAACUGGAGAAGAUGUUCGAGGCCAUGGGAGGCAAAAAUCUGAACGUUGAGGCCAGUGACUUCCUGAAGGACCUCCAACUUAAGCUCAACAAUGUCAUGGAUGACCUUAGUAGGAUUUUUGCCGUCAGCUUCCAGCCCCAGAUUGAGGAGAAUGUCAAGCAAAUGGGAGACAUCUUGGGCCAGGUGAAGGGACAGACGGUGACCGACAACAACAGUGUGGCUGCUGACGCAGACAAUGUUCUGCAGCCCAUCAUGGACUUCCUGGACACCAACCUUUCGCUGUUUGCUAAGAUCUGUGAGAAGACCGUACUAAAGAGAGUGCUGAAGGAACUGUGGAAACUGGUCAUUAACACCAUGGAGAAAAGCAUUGUCCUGCCACCAUUCACUGACCAGUCGGUGAUAGGCACUCAGAUGAUCUUCAAUGCUGCUAAAGAGUUGGGCCAGCUGUCCAAGCUCAAGGAGCACAUGGUGCGAGAGGAGGCCAAGGCUCUCACCCCUAAACAGUGUGCUGUCAUUGAGAUGGCACUGGACACCAUAAAGCAAUACUUCCAUGCAGGCGGUGUGGGUCUGAAGAAGACCUUCCUGGAGAAGAGUCCUGACCUGAAGUCUCUGCACUAUGCCCUGUCCCUAUACACACAACACACUGACAAACUCAUCAGAAAGUUUGUCCUCUCCCAAAAUGCUCAGAUCCACGGUGGGAAGGGAGUCAGAUAUACCCUCAACGAAGACACAAUACCAGAGAAGGGGUCUGGAGUGGAGGAGCCAAUUGGAGAGGUGGUCAUGCAUGUGGAGAUCUUCACACACCCCAACACUGGAGAACACAAGAUCACCGUGAGAGUGGUGGCUGCGAAUGACAUUAAGUGGCAGACCCAGGGGAUCUUCCGACCCUUCGUGGAGGUCUACCUCAUUGGCCCCCACCUCAGUGACAAAAAGAGGAAGUUCGCCACCAAGUCCAAGAACAACAGCUGGUCGCCCAAGUUCAAUGAGACCUUUCAGUAUACUCUAGGCAAUGAGUUGGGUCCUGAGGGCUAUGAGCUACAGGCGUGUGUGAAGGACUACUGCUUCGCCAGAGAGGACCGUACGGUGGGCAUGGCCCUGAUGCAGUUGAAGGACAUGGCCUCCAGGGGCAGUGUGACGUGCUGGCUGCCCCUGGGGAAGAGGGUCCACAUGGACGAGACGGGUCUGACCGUGCUGCGGAUCCUGUCCCAGCGCAACAACGACGACGUCGCCAAGGAGUUCGUCAAGCUUAAGUCAGACCAGCGCUCUGCCGAGGAGGGACGGGGAAGCUGAGAGAGAAUUGAGAGGUCUACAGAUACUGAUGGACACACACACACACACACACACACACACACACACAGGUACACAUGCAUUUAUACACAAGUCACCAACCUACAUACACCUGAGCUAAGAUCAACGUAUGUUUAUCAUACAAACAUGGCUUAUGAUAACUUACGAUCACACUAAUACUUUUUUCACGUAACAGUGACCACCAGUUCCUUUGGCCAUAGAUACAUUUUGAACAGCUAUCAAUCAGUCAAUUUAUUAAUUUCUGCUGUUCGUUCUCUUUCACUCUGGCAUAUGACUUUUUAUAUACAUUUAUUGCAGAAAUGUGAGUGAAAACAGAUAUAACCCGAGGAGAAACAGACAGACUUUGCACUUUGAUCUCUCUGCAUGUUAAGGAGAGCAGCACUCACCCAAGUUCUUACUCCUGUCUGUCUCUGUCUGUCUGUCUGUCUAUAUCAGUCUCUCCCUGUUGUGCUGAGUCUUCCUGCAGUGUGACGUGCUCUGAGUGAAAGUUGCCCUCAGGCACUGAUCUAGAAUCAGCUUAAGCACUUUGUUAGGGAAGGAGACAUGUAACACUGAUUCUAGAUCAGCAUCUGGCUGGGGGCAUCUUCACCCUACUUGGUGUGAUGUACUUCCUGCAUGUUGAACCCAGUUCUCAGAACACUGUGAUUAAUUUGCUGUUACCACAGCAACAGAUGUACAGAGCCCGACAUAGUGACCCAUGAGACCGUCUACGUGGAUGCACGGUGCACAUCGUCUGGCACAACAAGGGUUAAUAGAAUACUACCUUUAACACAUGACAGCAUUCCCUUGGAGACUAUGACUGUCCAGUAAGCAACACAAUUCUAUGUUUUUUGUGUGGUUGUAAGACACCGUUGUCUUUGACUUUGUUGGUGAUCAGUCCGUCCGAGGGUUGGGAUCAGACCUGUUGGCGGUAACUGGACCUCAUUUGGCCAUAUUGUACAGUGAAUUACAGAGACCAAGAUACAUCUUCCACCUAGCCUAGCGCUGUUUCUUAUUUCCCAUCACUUUGGAGGAGCACUAAAUAAGAUGGUUAUAAACCUCUCACAAACCCGUGCACAAAUACUGCAAAGGGCUACAGGACCAGCAGACACCGUGACGGCACACUGGUCAGUCCACCCAUCGGGAUCUGUCAACAUUUAAUAAAUGUUUUCUGUACUAUGGGCUAUAAGAUUACUAUAUGGUUGUAUAUCAUACAUAGACACUACAUGUUAAUUGCACUGGCUUUCUGACUGCCUCCAUGAUAAUUUUAAUCUGUGUUUUAAGGCAAUACCUAAUAGUCUGUUUGAUCAAUUUGUCUCUGCAUUUUUCGGUCAAAAGGUCUCAGCUCAUUUUGAAGUGUUUAUUUGUCACGUGUGUUUUCUGUCCUACCUGAAUUCUAGGCUCAGAGUGAAUCUGUUUUGUGUGGUUUUAAGCAAUAUAACCCCAUAGUAAUCACUAAAAACCUGUGAAUAAUAUAACCCCAUAGUAAUCACUAAAAACAUGUGAACAAUAUAACCCAUAGCGAUAACUAGAAACCUGUGAACCUGUCCAACUGCAAAACCCAGAUUCAAGGAGCAGGAUUUUAAAUCCCACCUUUUCAUUGUAUCAUUGAAUGGGAAAUUCCCUGUUGUAAUGUAUUCAUCAUAACCCACUCAUAGGAAGUGAGUUUUUCCUUGGAACACUGGGAAUAUUUUGUGAAAACUGGACAUUGGAGUGGGAGAGCAUUCCGGCUUAUAUUAAGACCCCUCCUAUCUGCUGUCCAGUCGGCUCUUGGUCAGACAUCCAGAAGAUGACGGUGUGGAGAUGAUGGUGAAUACACCAACCCAGCAGAUGACGGUAUGGAGAUGGUGGUGAAUACACCAACUCAGAAGAUGACGGUAUGGAGAUGGUGGUGAAUACACCAACUCAGAAGAUGACGGGGUGGAGAUGGUGGUGAAUACACCAACUCAGAAGAUGACGGUAUGGAGAUGGUGGUGAAUACACCAACUCAGAAGAUGACGGGGUGGAGAUGGUGGUGAAUACACCAACUCAGAAGAUGACGGUAUGGAGAUGGUGGUGAAUACACCAACUCAGAAGAUGACGGUAUGGAGAUGGUGGUGAAUACACCAACUCAGAAGAUGACGGUAUGGAGAUGGUGGUGAAUACACCAACUCAGAAGAUGACGGUGUGGAGAUGGUGGUGAAUACACCAACUCAGAAGAUGACGGUAUGGAGAUGGUGGUGAAUACACCAACUCAGAAGAUGACGGUAUGGAGAUGGUGGUGAAUACACCAACUCAGAAGAUGACGGGGUGGAGAUGGUGGUGAAUACACCAACUCAGAAGAUGACGGUAUGGAGAUGGUGGU